CAAUUUUCUGGUUUUGCUCUCACUCUUGGCCGACCCCCUCUCUCUCCCAAACCCUCUUAUUAUUUCAAAGUUGAAUUUGAAGAAAAGCUUGGUUCUUAGCUUGUUUUGGAGCUUUGAAGUUGUGAAUUCUUGAGCUUGGAGUUGAGGAUUACCGGCACCUGGUCAGGAGCACCCGGGGAUUUGGAAUCUCUACUAUUGCGGGACAACAGGAAAGGGUAAGGCAUUAGCUGAUCAGCCAUGAGUUUCAGGAGCAGGGCGAAGAAUGUACAUGUUCAUGCCACUUCAGACCAAGCGGGUUAUGGGUCUAACAGUGUUGACUUUUGUAUUCUGUUUUGCCGCUUAGGUCGGCUAGUAAGAAAGAACUUGUAAUAAUUUUGUAAAUAUUUUUGGGAUCCCAACUAUGUUUGAAAAAGUUUAAAUAUAUUACAAGUUUAUUUUCAGUCUGUUUAAUAUAAAAGUUUAAAUUCUGCGCUGUUUUUAAUUAGUAAUCCCGGUUAGGGGAUUAGGGUUUCAUAAUCAUUUUGGGUAGCGUGCCUAAUUAUUUAGGGCGUUACAAUUUGGUAUCAGAGCGCCAAGGUUUUUAAACUUCCUGUAGACCGGCUGAACAUGUACAUUCGUCGUCAGAGAUAAGCUCGACUCAUGGUGCAGUAAGUAUUGAGAGUAAAUACUUGACUGUAUGUGUGAUCAUCUGUUUACCGCUUUCCAUUUUAGGCAGUAUGCAAGUAUCUAGAGUAUGUAUGUCUUAUGUGAUGCCAUGCUAUAAAUGCUUUUUGUUUAUGUAAAUAUGUAUGAGGUAAAUAGAUGAGUUAGGGUUUAAGGCAAUAAGUGCGUAAGUGUGGUAUUGGUGCUUAACUCGCUGGGGUUGUUGAUUACAGGGGUACUAGUAAUGGACCCUCCGCAAUCAUCUAGACCACAGGGCGAGCAAGUAGAGCCCGGGGUUACCCGAACCGAUCCACCAGCACCGCCUCCACCUCCGCAAAAUCUAGGGGAUAAUGCGGGGGCCGUUAAUGCUAAUCCUCCUGCUGACUGGCAGCAGAUGUUUCAUGAAAUGCGAAGUGUCAUACUUCGUCAAGAGGAAGAGUUGCAACGUUUAAGGCAACAAGCUGCCCCAGUUAAUCAAGGGUUACCACCAGCUCCUGUGCCAGUGGUGGGUAACCAAGGGUAUAUUAUGCCGCACCGGGACUCUGUGUUCGAGCGGUUUGUGAAGCUGCAACCUCCGGCUUUUCUGGGAGGCAUUGAUAUUAUUAAGGCCGAUCAAUGGAUGAGCACUGUUACCCGUAUCCUCGAUAAUAUGGGGGUGACGGGAACUGAGAGGGUGAAUUGUGCGGCCUUUAUGUUUCAAGAUCAUGCCCGCGUAUGGUGGGAUAUAGUGAAUCAGACUCGAGAUGUCAGUGUGAUGACAUGGGAAGAGUUCAAGAAACUUUUUGAAGAAAAGUUUUAUAACGUUGCAGUGAGGACUUCACACCAAGAAGAUUUUGUGAAGUUGACUCAGGGGAAAAUGUCUGUGGCCGAAUAUACUCUGGAAUUCGAUCGGUUAUCUAAAUUUGCUGGUGAUCUGGUGCCUACAGAUUUUACCAGAAAGCAGAAAUAUGUUCGAGGACUAAAUGCUACAAUUAGUCGGGACUUGAAGAUUACCACAUCACAUGACACUCUGUAUAAGAGAGUGGUAGACUUGGCCUUAAUUGCUGAGGAGGCCGAGCAGCAAGUAAUGAAGGAGCAGGCUGCAAAGGAUGCCGCCAUGGCAUCAAACCCUCCUGCUGGUGGUAAUGUCAGUAAGGGGACCGACAGUGGCAACCCUGAGCACAAACGGAAGGCUGAGGCUUCCGGAGCUUCAGGGGGAAAUAGAAAGUUUCGGGGAAACAGAGGUGGCCGUCAAGGUCGUGGGUCCUCAUUCCAAUCAUAUCCAGAAUGUUCUAAAUGCAAGAAGCAUCAUCCUGGUGAGUGCCGAGCCAAGGCAUGUUUCCAGUGUGGCAUGGUGGGCCACUUUAUCAGAGACUGUCCCCAAGCCAAGAGAGAAGAGCCUAAGAAGAAUGUUGCUCAGAACCCGGGGCGACUUUUCACUAUAACCCGGGCGGAUGCGUGCUAG